GGCUGGUGGAAGGGUAGCGGCUAAGGCUUCGGGGAGAUGCACACUGGCCCCAGCUGCCUGCGACCAUGAGCCUGACUGCCCGAGUCUCCUGUUCAAUGCUCAGCUGCUUUGGUGAGGAGGGGCCCCCCAGCCUGGAGUAUAUCCAAGCCAAGGAUCUGUUUCCCCCCAAGGAGCUAGUGAAGGAAGAAGAAAAUCUGCAGGUGCCCUUCACAGUGCUACAGGGGGAGGGGGUAGAGUUCCUAGGCCGAGCAGCUGAUGCCCUUAUUGCCAUCUCCAACUACCGGUUACACAUCAAGUUCAAAGACUCGGUCAUUAAUGUGCCCUUGAGGAUGAUUGACAGUGUGGAAAGCCGGGACAUGUUUCAGUUGCACAUUGCCUGCAAGGACUCCAAGGUGGUGAGGUGCCACUUUUCUACUUUCAAGCAGUGCCAAGAGUGGUUGUCAAGGUUGAGCCGAGCCACAGCAAGACCUGCCAAACCUGAGGACCUUUUUGCCUUUGCCUAUCAUGCCUGGUGCCUGGGUUUGACCGAGGAGGAGCAGCACACCCACCUUUGCCAGCCAGGAGAGCAUGUACGAUGCCGGCAGGAGGCAGAGCUGGUCAGGAUGGGGUUUGACCUGCACAACGUCUGGAGAGUCUCUCACAUCAACAGCAACUACAAGUUGUGUCCUAGUUAUCCCCAGAAAUUGUUGGUUCCCGUGUGGAUCACAGAUAAGGAACUGGAGAAUGUGGCUUCUUUCCGUUCGUGGAAGCGGAUCCCUGUUGUGGUGUAUAGGCACUUGCGCAAUGGGGCUGCGAUUGCCCGCUGCAGCCAGCCAGAGAUCAGCUGGUGGGGUUGGCGCAAUGCUGAUGAUGAGUACCUGGUUACGUCUAUUGCCAAAGCCUGUGCCCUAGAUCCUGGGGUGAGGGCCCCUGGGGGUGUCCCCUUCAAUGGGAACAGUGAGGGAAGUGAAACAUGUGAUGCUGACUUUGAUUCCUCUCUUACAGCAUGCUCUGGGGUAGAGAGCACUGGAGCUCCUCAGAAACUGCUCAUCUUAGAUGCUCGAUCUUACACAGCGGCAGUGGCCAACCGGGCCAAAGGUGGAGGCUGUGAAUGUGAAGAGUACUAUCCCAACUGUGAAGUGGUGUUCAUGGGAAUGGCCAAUAUCCAUUCCAUUCGGAACAGCUUCCAGUACCUCCGAGCUGUCUGCAGUCAGAUGCCAGACCCUAGCAAUUGGCUGUCGGCAUUGGAGAGCACCAAAUGGCUGCAACACUUGUCAGUGAUGUUGAAGGCAGCAGUGUUGGUGUCAAACACGGUGGAUCGGGAGGGCCGGCCAGUUCUGGUGCAUUGUUCAGAUGGCUGGGACCGUACUCCCCAGAUUGUAGCCCUGGCAAAGAUCCUCUUGGAUCCCUACUAUAGGACUUUGGAGGGCUUCCAAGUGUUGGUGGAGUCUGACUGGCUGGACUUUGGUCACAAAUUUGGUGAUCGGUGUGGUCACCAAGAGAAUGCAGAGGAUCAGAAUGAACAGUGUCCAGUGUUUCUCCAGUGGCUCGAUUCAGUUCAUCAGCUGCUUAAGCAGUUCCCUUGUCUUUUUGAAUUUAAUGAAGCCUUCUUGGUAAAACUAGUACAGCACACAUACUCCUGUCUCUAUGGUACAUUCCUGGCCAACAACCCAUGGGAGCGAGAGAUGCGCAACAUUUAUAAGAGGACCUGUUCUGUGUGGUCCCUUCUCCGAGCAGGCAACAAGAAUUUCCACAACUUUCUUUAUGUUCCGGGUUCAGAGCUGGUCCUCCAUCCUGUGUGUCACGUGCGGGCCCUACAUCUUUGGACAGCUGUGUACCUUCCAGCAUCAUCUCCAUGUACCCUUGGGGAAGAUAGCAUGGACCUUUACCUUCCUCCAGUAUCUCAGAGUCAGGAAUUCACUGGCCGAUCUCUGGACAGGUUACCUAAAACAAGGUCCGUGGAUGAUCUAUUUUCUGCCUGUGACACCAGCAGUGCACUGACUCGAACAUCUAGUGAUCCCAACCUGAAUAACCAUUGUCAGGAGGCCAGGGUAGGCCUGGAGCCCUGGCACAGUAAUUCUGAAGGAACAGAUAUACCCUUAGUGGAACAUGGGCCAGGAGGGCCUCAGCAGCCAAUGGGGGAACUGGGCCAUCUUCAUCCCCUGCCCAGCAACCAAAAAGACUGUUUCAGCAAUAAUACUUUGAAGAAUCAUAAAAAUUGCCCCCUGAGUUACAAAUUGUUAAAUAGCAUGGUACUCCAACAAGCAAAGAGCCACCCCUGUGAUACUGAAAUCAAAGACCUGGAAGAAACUAAGGACUCUGAACCGAUUACAAGCUCUCCUGCUCUGGAUAAGCCUUGUAGGACUUAUGAUGGUGUUGGGGAUCAUCCACAUAAAAACAGUCCGAAGAAAAGUUCUGCCAGUGUGCUCUCCCAAGUUGUUUCCUCUGAAUGUAAUGGAAUCUUUAAACUUCCGGAGUCCUUCUGUCAGGAUUCCCCUCCUGAUCAAGGCAUUCUUGAACAAACUCCCCUAGACCCCAUGCCAGGCGUGCCCUGCAGAGAUGCUCCAGACCAUGGUUUGGGUAUCUUUCAUAACCCACCAAGUAUUGCCUGCCAUACUCUUCCAGACCCACUUCUGGGUCCUCCUUGCCAAGACCUUUCAGACUCUGUGUCAAAUAUCACCCAGGAGCAGCAGCUGAAUACUCGGCUAGAACCUGCCCAUUGGGAGGAAGAUGUUGGUCAAAGAGGGAAUGCUAGAAAUGGGCCAUUAUGGGAGAAUCCUCGCUUUGGCAAAAGGCCAUUGGAAUUGGUCCGAAAGCCAGUUUCACAGAGCCAGACAAGCGAAUUUUCAUUUUUGGGUUCCAACUGGGACAGUUUCCAGGGAAUGGUGACUUCACUCCCAAAUGGGGAGACCCCUAGACAUCUGCUUUCCUAUGGCUGUUGCAGUAAGAGAUCAAACAAUAAGCAGAUACGGGGGUCAGGGCCCUAUGUUGGUGGCCAGUGGGCUCAGAGAGAAGGUGUGAAGUCACCUGUUUGUUCUAAGCAUUCCAGUGGACACUGUACUGGUUCAGCAGGAAAAAAUAGCCGGACAUGGCUAUCUGGUCAUCCCAAACAGGUAUCUAGUACAAAGCCUAUUCCACUGAUUUGCUCUUCUCCGGUGCCUCCUUUCUACCUGGAUGAUGAUGGCCUCCCCUUCCCCACGGAUGUGAUCCAGCAUAGAUUGCGGCAAAUUGAAGCAGGAUACAAGCAAGAGGUAGAGCUGCUACGGAGGCAGGUUCGUGAACUUCAGAUGAGACUGGAUAUCCGUCAUUGCUGUGCCCCUCCAGCAGAGCCACCCAUGGACUAUGAGGAUGACUUUACAUGUUUGAAAGAGUCAGAUGGCAGCGACACAGAGGAUUUUGGCUCUGAUCACAGUGAGGAUUGCCUUUCUGAAGCAAGCUGGGAACCUGUUGAUAAGAAAGAAACUGAGGUAACUCGUUGGGUUCCAGACCAUAUGGCAUCCCACUGCUAUAACUGUGACUGUGAAUUCUGGCUGGCCAAACGGAGACACCACUGCAGAAAUUGUGGGAAUGUGUUCUGUGCUGGAUGCUGCCACUUGAAGCUGCCCAUUCCUGACCAACAGCUCUAUGACCCAGUUCUUGUUUGUAACUCAUGUUACGAACACAUCCAAGUGUCACGUGCCAGGGAACUCAUGAGCCAACAUCUGAAGAAACCCAUUGCUACAGCUUCUAGUUGA